AUGGGGUUUGUCAAUGUCCACAAAGGGAAUUAUAGGAUCACUACUACAUUCUACCAAACCACAAAUGAAGCUGAUACCAUACAAGUAGUUGACGAGAUACGAAAUUACUAUGAUUGCAGAGUUUAUGGGAAGUUGACAAAGCUUCUGGCAUGGAUGCUUGCAAAUAGAUUGUUCGAAUUUAGUAGAUCCUUAACAUAUAGCCAAUUUCCAACCAAGUUUGUAUGGAAGGAUGAUAUUUCAAUGUGGAUGCUGAGGAAGCAAGGAUUUUCAGUUGGGAGACUAACGCAUGUUCCACGUGGGAACGAUGAAGACUACUAUCUGAGGUUGUUACUAAAUAUACAGAAGGGGUGCCUAAGUUUUCUUGAUUUGCACACUAUUGAUGGUGUUGUGUAUGACACAUUUAAGGAAGCCUGUUAUGAACUGCAAUUGCUGCAAGACGACAAAGAGUUCAUUGAUGCAUUACUAGAGGCAACCACAUGGGCGUCUGCAAACUAUCUUCGAGGCCUUUUUGUUGUGCUGUUAUUGUCAAAUAACAUUGGUAGACCAGCAAUUGUGUGGCAGCAAUGCUGUCAUGUGCUAUCUGAAGAUGUACUAUACUCACAAAGGAAAUGCAUGCAACGCAAAGAGAAGAAACUUCAAGCCAAUGGUCGCUCUCUCAAAGAGUAUGAUCAGAUGCCUCUACCAACUCUGGAUGUUAUCGAUGGAUUAGACGACAGAAUGUCGAUGGACGAGCUUAACUUUGACUUAUCAUCUCUAAAGGACGAGACCCUUUCAGCUGCAAUUCGUAGCGAAUGUCAUAUUGUGCUCAAUGUUACAUCAAGUGGCAUUGCCUCUCUACUCCUUCCAAAUGUGCGUACUGCACAUUUCAGGUUUAAGAUACCCUUGGAUAUAAAUGAGGACUCAAUAUGUUGCAUUAAACAAGGAAGUUCAUUGGCAAGGUUGGUCUUCAAGGCUAAACUGGUCAUCUGGGAUGAGGCACCAAUGUUGAACAAACUUUGUUAUGAAUCACUGGAUAAGUGCUUGCACGACAUACUUAGGUUCGAGUCUUACUACAAUGCAGAUUUGCCUUUCGCGGGGAAGGUUGUCGUCCUAGGCGGAGACUUUAGACAGAUACUACAUGUCAUUCCAAUAGGACCACGUCAAGAAAUUGUGCAUGCUUCAAUAAACUCUUCAUAUUUGUGGCGCUUCUGCCAGGUCCUUACACUAACGGAAAACAUGCGACUAACAAUGGGAACGAAUGUAUCUGAGGUAAGCAUGAUCAAAGAAUUUGCUAACUGGCUAUUGAAAAUUGGUGAUGGGUUGGUAGGGGACUCAACAGAAGGUGAAUCAGAGGUGGAGAUUCCAAAAGAAAUGUUAAUACAUGAUAGUGCAUAUGCAUUUUGUGAAUUGGUGAUAUUUGUCUAUCCAAAAUUGUUGAGCAACAUUAACCGCAUGGGAUACUUUAAGGAAAGAUAA